UCCAGGGAGGCUGCUUAAUGAAAUUACAGGAGUCUGUGAAGCUUAAGAUAACCAUGAGCAAACAAACUGUACGCCAUGCCGUGUUUUCUCUGAGUUAAUUAAAUGUGUGCAUUUGUUCCUCAGAUAAUGAAUACCUGUUUCUUGAUUUGGAGCAAAAGCUGAGCAAAUACUUUGGCAAAAUAUGGAACAGAGGAUCCUUAAUGGUCCCGUUUAUCUUAUUUCUGAGAGUGCAGUAUUAUGUCGAGAGUGGUCUGCUGAUAAUGAGCAGCAAAGUGCAGCAGCUCUACUACGCUGAGCUGAGGCAGAAGGUUCUGCAUUCAGAGAGCCGCCAUCAGGAAGCUCUGUUCUUCCAGCUGGCAGCUUCUGCUCUCCAGGCUGACGUCGGAGAUCUGGAGCAGAGAGCAGAAGGGAACGAUGAGGAGGAGGAGGAGGAGGAGGAGGGAGAAGAGAGAAGACACAGACAUUACUUUCUUCCUGAAGAUUACUUCCCUUCCUGGCUGAUAAAGCGUCGUGGACGAGACUUCCUGCUCCAGAACUGCCCGGUGUUACACAGUGAGCUGAGAGGUUUGACACGUAGCCAAGCCCUCCUGCACUUUAUAAAAGAGGCCGGCAACCUGCAGGAUGGACCAGUCACCUUCUACAGGAUGAAACAGGAGAAAAAAGAGAUGAGAAGUUCAAUCCUUCUUGGUGUGACAUUAAGAGGAGUCCAGCUUUAUCAGGAUUUGGAAGGGAAGCUGUGCCUCUUGUAUGACUUUUCCUGGACCGACAUUGACCGCCUCACUUUCCAGGGCAGCAGGUUUGAAAUCGCUGCGGUGGGCUCUCUGUGCCUCCCUAAGCUGGUGUAUUACACUCCUUCAGCCUUCCACUCCAAACACGUCAUGAGGCACCUUAGUGACAGUCACCGGCUCCACAUCAACACCAGAGGAGUAGUCAGCUACAUCCAACAGCUGGAUGACAUGCAGGCCAGUCACUUCUACAAAGAGGCCUACAUUUGUGACACAACACGCUUAGCACAGAGACUGCAGAGCAACAGCCUUACAUCGUCCAUGUCAAACUCUGUUGCAGUUGAAACAACCACGCCCUGGUCCAAAGAGAAGGAGGAGGAGGAG